AUGCAGUUUGAUAAACAAAUUCAAAUUCAAUAUCUUGGUAAUAUAUCAUCAUGGGAUGUGCCGAUAUUUGGCUUAAUAUUUGUUUCAAUAAUGAUUCAUACUUUAUUCUUUUGCUUUCUUCCAUCAUCAAUAACACCAAUGAUUAAAAGUUAUAUUAUAUCAACAUUUCACGCUUUGAUAGCUGGCGGUGGAAUUUAUGGUACCGGUGAUGAAAUUAUGAUAUAUAGUUUAUGUUAUUCAUUUGGAUAUUUUAUCUAUGAUUUAUUAAUAAUGUUAUUUUAUAAAUCAGUAAGAACAAAUACAGCAUUAAUACAUCAUAUCUUACUUAUAUCUGUAUUAUCUUUAGGUAUUUUGAAUUGUGUUUGCCGUCCAUGUCAUUUUUAUUUACUAUUUGAAGAAUUAUCAACAAUUGCAUUAAAUUUAAAAACUAUCUAUUAUGAUCGAACUAAUUUACAUAAUACGUUUACGAUGUUAUUUGUCGUUAGUUUCUUUCUAUGUCGUAUUAUAUAUGGAUCGAUUAUAUGUGGUUAUGCACUACGAAGUGCUGGAUUAUUUGCUCAAAUGGCAUUGGAUAUAGGUGAUUUAAAAAAUACUUUUUUUGUAUUAUUACAAAUUUCAUUAUGUGUUUUAUCAAGAAUACUUAAUUUCUAUUGGGCAAUUUUGAUUUUACGAAAAAAUGUUUCGUUCAAAACGAUCAAAAACAAAACAUGAGAGUUUAAAUAAGAAAACAUUAUAAAUUUAUAGUAUUAAGAAACAAUUUGUAUUCUUUAUCUUUAGAAUAAAACAUAUAUAUAGAAAUGUUUCACAUUUGUUAAAUAUUAAAUUCCACCGAUUUCGUAUCAAUCAAAAUCUGCAAAGACAAUACAAAAAGCAAAAGAUCUAUUAAUUAAUAUAGAAUUUUGAAUGUACGAUUUUAUUUGCUAUUGACUACAAUGGUCAUUGGUGUAACAGUAUUUUUCCGAUGUAUAAGUAGUUUGUGUAUAAGUCGAUAAAGAAGUUCAAUUAAUUCAAUGACACUCAAUACACUUAAACCAAUCCAUCUAAAUAUAAA